AUGUCAACAAAUUCUUCGUUUAUCAUUCGUCUACAAAAUUUGCCAAACGAAGGACGAGCGCAAGAUAUUCGUAAAUUUUUUACCGGUUUAGUAAUUCCUGAUGGUGGCGUUCAUGUGGUUGGCGGAGAAAAGGGCGAUGCAUUUAUUGCAUUCAAUACUGAUGAGGAUGCUCGGCAAGCAAUGAUGAGAAAGGGAUCAAUAUUAAAUAAUCCAAUUAAACUUUUUCUCAGUAGUCGUUCGGAAAUGUCAGACAUAGUAGCAAAAGCAAGAAUACAGACUACAGGAUUGAUAAAAAAGUUGUCAGAAAGUACAGCAAUAACAACAAGUGCAUCAUCAAACUUUCAUUCAUCGUAUUAUCCAAAUUUUUCAAACACAAAAUCUACGCCUAACACCACGAAUACAUCUGCAUCAAAUGAAAUGACCAGUAAUACUGCACAAUCGUCAUCGUCGAAUAAUCUAGCUAAUGAACUAGCAGCUAUUUUAUCUGCAUUACAGUCACAUCAGCAACCACCACCUCUUUUAGACACGUCCAAUGCAAAACCAGUCACUACAUUUCUACAUCAACAACAAGGUAAUGCAGUGCCUUCAUUCGUAGCACAAAGUGGCGUUGGUAACAGUAAUCAAGAUGGAUCAGUACCAAAUAUUCAAGCAUUAUUACAACUUUUCCAGGAAAAGCAAUUACAAACAUCGCAACAACAGCGCCAAUCAGCAAUGCCAUUCCAUCCACCAUUUAGUAGUCAAAUGGCUCCUCAUCAGCGAUUCGUUCAUCCAGUGCAACAACAACAGCAACAAUCAAAUGGUGGAUGGACUGCUCAAUCAGGGUCAGUUCUGACAAACACUUACAAUCAUCAUCCUAAUGUUGCUUCACUCUAUCAACAAUCACAACAACAGCUGAUGUCUCAACAACGAUCUCUUCCCUUGUUACCGGAUGACAAUGCUAAUCAUCAUAUGGUGUUAAAUAGCCAUAGUUCAGAAUCGACAACAGCUGGUUCGAAUUCAUUGUCAUCUCUCUACGGUCCAUCAUCACCAACAAUCAAACAACAAUCACAACCACUUGAUGAACCGUAUGUUAAGAUAAAAAAUAUCCCCUUAGCAUUCACCUAUUCUGAUAUCAAAAUGUUUUUCAAUAAAUAUAAAUUGAAUUUGGAUGAUAUUAAAAUUAUAAAUGAUCAAAAUGGGCAACGAACGGGUGAAAUUGUGUUACGUUUACAUUCGAUUAAUGAUGUUAAUGAAUUAUUGAAUUUAAACGGCCGACUACAAUGUAACAAUCAUUACUUAGAUAUUAAAAAAAUUGACGAAUACACAUUUGCUAGUUCAGUUGAUUCUUUUAUACCCGCAGCAUUGUCGAAAAAACGAGCAUUAAUACCAAGGAAUUGUGUUAAAGUUUUACAUUUACAUCCAAAAUGGGAUAAAAGAGAGAUAAAACGAUACUUCAAUGGGUGUAAUGUGACGCGAGAUCGAAACGGUGGUAUAUUUUUUGAAUUAGAUAAUAAUGCAAUGAAUCGUGGACCAACAUACAUUGAAUUUGAACAUGAAAUUGAUGUGGAAAAAGCAAUGUUCUAUAACAGUGAAGUUGUUGUGGGUGAUUCAAAAAUUGAAGUUUAUCGUAUGACGAAAUCAGAAAUGGAAACUGAAAUAAAUAAUUUAAAUCGUCGUGAUCGUCGACGACCACCCUUACUAACUCAUGAUGGAGAACCGAAUCAUUCAUCUCCAUUAGUAUUACACUCACCUACUCAUCGUUCAAAUGAAGCACGUUAUACUCGCCCUAAUAGUCAUUAUUCAAAUAAUUCAAAUAAUUAUCAACAGCAACAGAUUGAUCAUUCGUCUGGACAACAUCAACAAAAUAAUUAUCAACCAUUUUUAUUUAAUCAACAACAAGAUCAAUCAUCUAUCACGUGUUUACGUUUAAGCAAUAUUCCUUAUACAACAACUGAAAAACAAAUACGCGAUUAUUUUCAAAGUAUCAAUAUUAAUAUUGAAAGUUGCAAAUUUUUAAACGAUAAAUUUGGACGUCAAGCUGGUGAAGCAUUUGUACGUUUUCAUGAUACGCAGUCAUGUCAACGAGCGUAUGAAAAAAAACAACGACAAAUUUUUAAUGGAAAUUGUCUUGAUAUUCGACCACUGACAUUAAUGGAAUUUAAUCAAAAUCCAUUACCAUUGUCAAUGAAUGAGAUCAGAGAUCAAACAUCGCGUUUAUCAAAUAAUAUGCAACAACAACAACAAAAACGGCCAUACUAUGAGGAACGUAGAAGACCGUACGAUGAUCAGCAGAAACGACCACGUUUCAACAAUGGUAAUCAUUCUCACGAUGAUCAACGACAUACGUCAUCUCCUAUCCAAAAUUCGAAUGAUUUAAAUUCAAAAAUAGAUUACUCACAACGAGCAGCUCCGAUUCGUCAUAAUAAUGGAUCAUCUGAUCCCAAUCAUUUAUCAAAUUUACCGCCAUUACCCGAACAUAUGGAAAUUUAUCGUGGACGUAUAUUAUAUUUAUCAAAUGUUGCCUAUCGUGCAACACGAGAAGAAAUAUUGGAUCUAUUAAAACCAUUUAAUCCCAUUGAAGAAACACUAAAAAUUCGCUGUGAUAGUAAUGGAAAACCAACGGGUUUUGCGGUUGUGGCUUGUGCCGAACCACAUGAUGCACAAAAUGCUGUAUCAAAUUUGAACAAUCAAACAUUUAUGUUUCGAAAAAUUUAUUUAGCACAAAAAUAA